GAGGUUAUGUGAGAUAUAACCUUAAAAAGAGUUGUCAAACUCAUCUGAUUACAAAAUUUUUUAAAAAACUUUUAAUAAUUUUCUUACAGUUUAUUUAAACAGUAAAUUAAAUAUUGUGUUGGUUGUUAUAGCGUUUUGAUUCGAAUAAGUAUGUCUGUAAAUUUUAUUAUAAAACGAUCAAUUUCAACGACAGCAGCCAAUUUUGGCAAAAGGAAUUUUCGAAAAUUUCAACUAUUUAAUAAGCGUGGGUCCAGAAAUUUUAAGAAACAACAAAUGGAAAAUCCAGACUCUGACGUACCGAUCCAUACACGAGGUGUUAAACCCGUUGGCUACACAGAAAAUGGGCAAUUUAUAACCAUACCGGAAAAAAUACCUGAGAUAAUUGUACCAGAUUUGACUGGUUUUACACUAAAGCCGUAUGUUUCCUAUAGAACUAAAGAUGUAGUGCAGUCAGAAUUUACAGCUCAGGACCUUUUCAAUGUAGUGUAUGCUCCAAAAAUAGCAAAAGAUUUUGACGAAGGAAAGUUAGAUGAGGGUGGUAACCCGAAAGAACCAUCACUGGAAGAAAAACUCACACCUGAAGAGGCAGUACAAAAAGCAAGACAAACUGGGUCUGAUAUAUUUUAAAUUUAGCUUAAAGAUAGUUUAAUGUUUGUAAAAUACACUAUGUUCCCUACUAUUUAAAAUAAACAUUAAAAAGUA